GGCGUCACCAUCUGUCAUCCGGCAGCAGCGCCUCAUGCAUGCAUCCAACCCGGGUCUCCUCCCAUUGUAGAAACAGCUGUGGACCGUGAACCGUGAGGUUGACACGGAUUACCUGGACAUCGGCUCGAAGCCUAGGUGGGCAACACGAAGGGAGAAAUAAAAAGCGAGCGUUUCUUUCAUUCUUUUUACUCUCCGCGGUUCUUUUGAUUGGAAUCAUCCUCCACAUCUGCAGCCAUGGUGUACCGGCUAUUUUACAUCCUGCAUUUACUGGUGAUUCUGGAGUCCGUCUGGGGUCGUCUCCUGUCUGAGGGUCUCGACGGAGCCGUGCGUCAUGGUGCCGAUGUACCACCGGCUGUGGAGGAGCGCGUCUUUACGCAGGAAGGCGCCAACUGGGACAUGGUCUCCAUCAACAUGUUCAAAGUGUACGAGAAGUACAGUAAAGAACCGCAGAGCCAGAGGGAAGGAAACACCGUGAGAAGCUUUAAAGCUGUCCCGAGAGUCUCACAAGGCAAAGAAGUGUUCCAGUUCAACCUGUCCUCCAUCCAAAACUCCGAGCUCACCCUCUUCGCCUCUUUUCAUUUUCUCCACAAGCGGCCCCGCCACCAACAGAGACCGUGGCGUUUCCGAAGGCCUCGCCACCCAUCCACAGGCCUCCAGCAGCCCUAUCCUCCCUCCUCGCAGCUCCUCUUCUAUGGAUCAUCCUCAAAUUCAGCUUUUGCAGUGCCGCUGGGAAACAUAACUCUGGCUCCUUUCAAAAAAGGCUCUUGGCAAACAAGGGAUGUAACUGCGGUGGUGAAACAUGCCAGGGAUGUCAAAGAGCUUGUGGUCACGGUGGAGUUUGACAUGGGGGUUGGGGCAGCUCGGAUCCCCACGAGUCCCCACGGCCAAGAGCGCCUCUCUCCAGCCAACCUGCCGUAUAUUUUGGUUUACGCCGAUGAUCAAGCGAUUGAUGAACCCAACAGCGUGGCCAUGUCACUUCAGCGAUAUGGGCCUUUUCCCAUUGGGGAGGACGCAUCUGCCACGGCCUCAGCCUCAAGGAUCCGGAGGGAACUUCAUCUCCAGAUCCAAACCAACGACAUCCCAGAGGUCCAGUUUAACACCUUGAAGAACCACGAGCUGUGGCAGAACACAUAUUUCCCAGCUAAAGCCAAAGCAGCAGUCAAACCGGGAAGGAAGCAGGGCCAGGUGAGCAGUGAGGGCCUGACUAAGCCUCAAGUGCUGAGCUUUGAUGAGAGGACAAUGAAGAAGGCCAGGAGGAGACAGUGGAGCGAGCCCAGGGUUUGCUCUCGGCGCUAUCUCAGAGUGGACUUCGCUGACAUCGGCUGGAGUGAGUGGGUGUUGGCACCAAAGUCUUUCGAUGCCUACUACUGCGCUGGGACCUGCGGUUUCCCCAUUCCCAAAGUAUCACGUCCCUCCAAUCAUGCCACAAUCCAGAGCAUUGUCAGAGCCGUGGGAAUCGUCCCCGGAGUCCCUGAGCCGUGCUGUGUUCCAGACAAGAUGAGUCCCCUCAGCGUUCUUUUCCUCGACCCGAACAGGAACAUGGUGCUGAAGGUUUACCCCAGCAUGUCUGUGGAUACAUGUGCCUGCCGGUAGGACUGGAGCUGACCGGACCACUGGAAACUGUGAUCAAUAAAGAUGAGAGACAGUGAGGAAGACGUAAAUGUAGACUCAGCAUGUAGCAGGAAGAACCAGGUCAGACGGAGGAACAGUUGUGAAAUACUCAUUGAGGAAAACUGAGAAAAGCUGAAGAACUUGGUCUUGGACUUGUUUGGACUCUGUCGUGAUCGGACUUUGCCUUAAGUUUUUCCUACUUUUCUAACAAUUUUUAUAAAUGUCUAUCGUUACUCAGUCCACUUUUAUUUAGUUUCUCCACUCCUUAACGAAAUAUUUAAGGGAGUGCUAUUAGAGAAUCUAGAGUUUAUAAUUCUCUAUGUUGAUUUGCUGGACGGCGACAGGUUUAAUCUAGAGCUACUGCAGGUAGAAUUUUAUUGAUCCUUAAUAAGCCUUUGUGGUCUUUUUUUUGGUCUUGUUUUACUUUCAGAAAGUGAUUUUUCCCUGUUUUGAUCUGGAAAAAGACUUGAUUUCUCUGGUGUCAGCUUGGACUCGACUGGAUCUGGUUCUGGAAUCUGCUCAGACUCCUCACAAAUGGCUUGUGUGAGGAUCCUAUACUGACCUUUUAGGCUCAAGUUUGAUGAGUUCAGUUGUAGAUGAUCUGGGUUUCAACAGCUUCUGAAAUCUCUGCAAAGUGUCUUGUCUUAAUCUUUGAUUUUAAGAACUGGACUUUGAUCAAAUGAUAACCUGCACACUGAAAGAGAAUUUCGGACCCAGAGGCUGUACAUUGAACAUGUUUACUUAUUGCCAAAUUAACCAACAAUUGCAAUGUAAAUACUGUAGUAAUUAAUGCAAACUAAGCGGUACUUAUUCCUAAAUGAUGUGGCACUCUGAGUGGCACAUUGAACUGUUAAUUAUGCAUGAGAAGUCAUAUCUUACUUAAGCUAUAUUUCAACAAUAAUUUGUGCAUAUCUUGUAUAUAAUGAUUAAGUUUUGUUGUUUGGUAAGUAUUGAAGCUUCAGCGGACUUGUGUAGCGCCUCUCUGCUACAUCACAGGGUAAAAACAGUGCGCUGCUGCCAUCUGCUGUGCAUUUCGUCAAUGUUGAUGGGACUUUUUUAAAGAUUUUGCUGUACCUCCUGUGGCCUUUCAUUAAUUUGUUUUAAUACGAACUAUUACAAUAUUGUGUCAUAUGCAAUACUGUUUAUCUGACAUGUAAUGUACAGUUUGAAAUCUGUACAGUAAUGACAAUAGUUUUCCAUAAUAACUAAAAACUAAUAUCUCUGUUUUCACUAAUAAUAAGCAUUUGGCUAAAGUAUAAUUAAAUAGUAACAUGAUGUGUUCUUUAACAGAUCAUACACAUAAUGUAAGUUUGGUAUGGAAAUAAACUGAAUUGUACAUACAGUCAAUGAUAGUGACUGACUUAGGCUUUUUUUUUUUAAAAUUCUAUAUAUAAGUAUGUGUAAUGUUGAGAAGUUUCAUUAGAAUACAUUAGAAUAUAUUACACUAGAUUGCUUAUAUUUUAUUUAAAGUUAAUAUCUUGGUUUACUGAUGUAACAAAAUAAUCUUUGAUAUUUAAAAUUAAAUAACUGAUUUUGGACCAUGA